AUGGCGGAUCAAGCACCUACCGCAGAGGUUGCUAACCUGCAUCUAGAUGAAGUCACCGGAGAGAAGGUGUCUAAGUCGGAGUUGAAGAAGAGACAAAAGCAGCGCGAGCGAGACGCUAAGAAGCAAGAGAAGGCCGCAGCUGCGCCGCCUAAGCCUGCAUCUGCAAAGAAGACGAAUGCUGAAGCUGAUGAGAAGGAGUUGACUCCUAACCAAUACUUCGAAAUUCGAUCCCGCGCCAUCUCCAAGCUUAUCGAAUCCAAGGAACCCUAUCCCUACCCUCACAAGUUCCAUCGCGACUAUGACCUGAACCAUCUAGUCAAGGAGUACGGUCACCUCAAGUCUGGAGAGCAUGACAAGUCCAAGACCCUGCGCGUAGCUGGACGGAUAUACAACAAGCGCGCUUCCGGUAGCAAGCUGCUCUUCUACGAUAUCCGCGGCAACAAUGGCGUCAAGGUGCAGAUCAUGUGCCAGGCUCAAGAAAUCCGCGAAGGAGCACCUGCCUUCGAGAAGCAACAUGACCACAUAAGACGUGGUGAUAUCAUUGGAGUCGUUGGUUACGCCGGUAGAACUGCUCCUAAGACCAAGCUCGAGAAGGGCGAAGAGGGCGAGCUCUCCGUCUUUGCUACAGAGGUGAUCCUUUUAUCCCCCUGUCUGCACCAACUGCCCGACGAGUACUACGGCUUCAAGGACCAAGAGCAGCGUUACCGCAAGCGCUACCUCGAUCUCAUCAUGAACCCCAAGACUGCUCAAACCUACCGCACCCGUACGAAGAUUAUCAAGUACAUCCGCAAUUACCUCGACAAUGCCGGUUUCGAAGAGGUCGAAACCCCCAUCCUAAAUCAGAUCGCCGGUGGUGCCACAGCCAAACCCUUCCAGUCUCACCUUAACGACUAUAACAUGGAUAUCUUCUUGAGAAUAGCGCCCGAGUUGCCCCUCAAGAUGCUGAUUGUUGGAGAGUAUGAUAAGGUUUACGAGAUUGGUCGUCUAUUCAGAAAUGAAGGCGCCGAUCUGACCCACAACCCGGAGUUUACGACUUGUGAGUUCUACGAGGCCUAUGCCGACUUUAACGAUCUCAUGAAUAGAACUGAAGAGCUUGUCUCUGGUAUGGUGAAGCAUCUUACCGGAAGCUACACAACCUCAUUCACCACACAACACGGCGAGACGUACACAGUUAACUGGGAGGCCCCGUGGCGAAGAGUGGAGAUGAUUCCUGCCCUCGAGGAAGCAACCGGAGAAAAGUUCCCUCCUGGCGACCAACUACACACAGACGAGACAAGGGAGUGGCUCAAGGGAGUUUUGAAGAAGGUCAACGUUGUCUGCCCCGAACCCCAGACUACUGCUAGGAUGCUCGAUAGAUUGACUGGAGAGUUCAUCGAGGAGACCGCAGUCAACCCGACCUUCAUCACAGAGCACCCCAAGAUUAUGUCGCCAUUGGCCAAGGACCACCGCACCAAGCCUGGUCUGACCGAGCGAUUCGAGGCCUUCGUCUGCAAGAAGGAAAUCGCCAAUGCCUACACCGAGUUAAACCAGCCGUUCGAGCAGAGACUGCGCUUUGAAGAGCAGGCCAACCAAAAGGCUCAAGGAGACGAUGAGGCCCAAAUGAUCGACGAGACCUUCCUGAACGCUCUUGAAUACGGUCUGCCUCCGACCGCCGGCUGGGGUAUGGGUAUUGACCGACUUACCAUGUUCCUCACCAACAACUACACUAUCAAGGAGGUGUUGCUGUUCCCCUUCAUGAACCCCGAACAGAAGAAGGAGAAGCUCCCUGCCGAUAUCGAAGAGGCAGGUGCGGAGGAACCCCAUGUUAAGGUCGAAGGAAUUCCUCACAAAUAA